AUGACCCCUAGUGCAAAUAUUAUUCCAGUUUCUCCUGUGAACGGUACCACCACUGCAACCACCGACGGCCAUAACCCUGUGAAAGCUCCUGCGAAAGCCCUCAAACCCCACCCGCUCGAUCCCCUCAGCCCUGAGGAAAUUAGCGCCGUCUCCCUUGCGCUCCGCCAUCACAUCGCUUCCAACACCCCAGUCAAAGCUGUCAAGUUCACUAACGCUUAUGUCCUCCAGCCGCCUAAACGCGAUGUUCUGGCUUACCUUGGUAUCCCCCUCGAGACUGGGAAAGAGCCCGAGCCAGCUCCGGAGAGUAUUCCGAGGCGUGCGGAAGCGGAUUUCAUAGACGCCGUCACUGGAGAUGUAUAUGUUGCACAGCUCACCUUCGUUGAAGGAGAAUUCAAGGUCGAUGAUUUGACCAAGCUUCCAGAGGGCACCCAGUCAAUCAUUACCCCCGAAGAACUCUGCUUGUGCGAGUAUGCGCUCCGCAAGGACGAGCGCGUCUGCAAGCUCGCCGCCGAAGUCGGAGUGACGCCUGACCAGCUCCACGCUGAUGGCUGGGCUUUAGGCUGGGACGACCGCUGGCCUACCAAGACCAGGGUGCAGCAGUGUCUGCUCUAUGCUCGUUACGGAGAGCAUGAGAACAUUUACUGCCACCCGAUGGAUUUCUUCCCAGUCAUCGAUUCAAAUUCGUUCGAGGUGCUCGCCGUCGACUUUGCCCCUCACCGUCUGGGAGGCAUUCAGCCGUCGACUCGGGUACCUCCCCUCCAUGCGAAGCUUGAGCGUGAGCGCAUCCCGCCCCCUCAGACAAAGCACGAAUACCUGCCGGAUUUGCUGGAGAAGAAUCCAAACUUCAAGGGCAUGAGGGAUGACGUCAAACCGCUCUACGUCGUCCAGCCUGAGGGAGUCAGCUUCACCGUCCGUGGAAGGGAGCUCGAGUGGCAGAAAUGGAAGAUGCACGUCGGAUUCGAACCUCGUGAAGGCCUGGUGCUUAACACGAUCACGUACAACGACGACGGCAUGAUCCGCCCCAUCGCUUACAAGGUCUCUUGCUGCGAGAUGGUCAUCCCGUAUGGCGAUCCCCAAUUCCCUCAUCCACGCAAGUUCGCGUUUGAUGUUGGCGAGUACGGCAUGGGCACGGUGGCGAAUGAGCUCAGUUUGGGCUGUGACUGCCUCGGUACGAUUUGCUAUCUCCCCGGCUGCUUCGUUGGAAACAACGGCGAGCCUAUCAAGAUUAAACACGCGGUUUGUAUCCACGAAGAAGACGCGGGCCUGCUGUGGAAGCACACCGACUGCCGUGCCGGGGGACGUGCCCACAGCGUACGCGCGCGCAAGCUCGUCGUCAGUUGGGUCGCCACUGUCUCUAACUACGAGUACAUUUUCUACUGGAACUUCUUCCAGGACGGCAUGUUCGAGCUCGAGAUCCGCCUCUCGGGUAUCUUGAAUGUAUAUGUCCUCGGCGAGGGCGAGAAGCAAAGCCGUUAUACGACGCAGGUCGCCCCGCGUAUCGACGCGCAGUAUCACCAGCACCUGUUCUGCAUGCGCAUGGACCCAAUGAUCGAUGGUAUCAAGAACAGCGUCAUGGAGACGGACGUUGUCCCCUCCGAGUUCCCUACCGGUUCAGAGCAGAAUUUCGCCGGUAACGGGUUUUACACCAAGAAUACGAUCAUCAAGCACACUGGGGAGGGUGAGCGUCAGUACAGCGCUGAGAACGACCGCCGGUGGACGAUCGUCAAUACCAGCAAGCCGCAUUACUCGAGCGGCCAACCUGCCGGGUACAGGAUCGUCACGCACUCAUUCCCACGGCUGCUCGCCGCUCCCGGAAGCUGGGUGCGCAAGCGUGCCCCAUUCGCCCGUUCCAGCUUGUGGGUGACGCGCUACGCCCCCGGGCGCGAGUGGCCCGCGGGAAAGUACGUCCCUCAGACGCGCGCUGCGCCCGAGGACUCGCUAGAGUAUUGGAUGAAAGGCGACGAGAACCUCGACCAGGAGGAUAUCAUCGUCUGGUUCACUAUUGGGACGAAUCAUAUUCCUCGCCCCGAAGAUUGGCCGGUCAUGCCCGCCGACCACCUCAAGGUCGUCUUCCGCCCCCAGUCGUUCUUCCAGUGCAACCCUGCGCUUGACGUGCCCAGCACUUCGGCCGUCGGCAGCUGCUAUGCGUUCGGCACUGCUGCUGCGCCCGUCCCCGGGACGCACGCUGUUGCUGUUACCACCGAGGGAGAAGCGGUGGUCGAGGAGACCGCUGGGCACCUGAACGGCGGCGCGAACGGACAUGGGACCAACGGCAACGGCACGAACGGGCAUAGAAGCAACAAUAACGGCACGAACGGUGCCGCUUGCUGCCACUAGAUCAUUGGGGUACAUGGGGACGUACGGGUCGGACUGCUUUGAUUUUCUCGAUUGAUGCAAACUGAUACUCUGAUGCACUCACUGUACUGUACGCAAUUUUUGUGUACAACCGAACAACCUCAUGUAACUGUUGUCAUGUCUAUCCUUCAUAUCCAUGUACGCGCAAAUGCGCUUGUUUACCGUUUUGACUUAUGUGCACCUCGUUAGGGCAU